AUGGCGGCAGAUUUGAGUGUCGUCAAUGCUGUUGUUGUUAUUCAGGUAAAUCAAAUAGAAACCAUUGUCCCAAGACAACUUUGUAGAUUACUAAGUUGUACAAGAUUAUCUAAAUAUUGUCUUGUUUGUAUGCCCAUCAACAGGCACAAAUUCGAGGAUUCCUAGUUCGUAAAAAACUCCAAGAAGUCCGUAAGGAAUUUGAAGAAGUUCUACAAGAGUUAGAAAGCGACGUAAAAUUCGUGUGCUGGAAGAAAAAGGAUUUAGCGAUACCCCUGGUAACUUCCGAUCCCAAAUUAUUUAAGAGCACAAAUGAUGAAUCAAACCUUGUUAGCAGAGAAAAUGACAAUGAAAUAACAAGGAAACAAGGUUUAUUGAAGGGGGGAUUGCGUAGUUGUAGUAACGUCGACGAGACCGGUGGUCAUUCACUUGGAAAUGAAAUACUAAAUGAAUUACAUACCGAUCAAGUUGAAAAAGAGGAAAUUAUAGACCAUGACGGAACUAUACCGGAAAGAACUUCAAGAUCUGCAAGAUGUGAUGAUGAUUUUCGAAAGAACCUGGAAUUUCUUCCUGAGAAUGAGGUGGUCGAAAUGGAGGUAACCGAAAUGGAAAGUGGAAGCGAGAAAAGGCCUCACCCUGCAGAAAAAAGACUUGAAAGGCGAGAAGAUUUAGGUGGUCAUGAAGAAUUCGAAGAGAGAGGAUAUGAUUUGGGGGCUGAUAGAUUACCCCAAGAAAGAACGUUGUAUUCUUCUUCAGAUAUUCCUUUAAAUGGCGCUAUCAAUCCUCUGUUGUCCAGUAACGAGGAGUUAAAGGGAAAAGAACAUAACAAUGGAUCUAAAGCAUCGCCCAUGGAUUUGGGGCAAAGGAGAUCUUAUUUGAGGGAUCAGGCACUUCUCAGUGAUAGUUGGAUGAGUGACAGAUCAUUUGGUAAGCUAACAAUUAACAGCCGCUGUUUACAGUUAUACAGUGUGGGACAAUGUUAAUUUAAAACUUUUAGACAGAUAAAAAUAGAUGGGGCUGUAAGGACUUAAGCCCAUUUUUCACCAAAAUUAAAAGAAUUCUUUUUUGAUCAUAGUACAGUGGAACCCCGUUAAUACAGCAGGGUUCUCAAUAGAAGGCGGCACCCGGCGAUUGAUCGCCGCUUACUUUGGGAUUUAUAGCCGCUUACUUUGUGUUUAAGUCGCUUUUCUUUGCUUUGUUUUGACACCUCUGGCUUUGCUGAAGAGCCUCCUACUUUAUCAGUGAUCACCUCCUACUUAAAAAUCUAUUGAGAACCCUGUACAGACACCAACAGGACACGCUAUAGUGUCCGUAUUAAGUGGAUUAAUUUUAGAGAAAAUAUAUAACCCUCUAUUUUGUCGGGACAAACUGUCUGUCAUAUACAGUUUUCAGUAUAAGCUGUUCCCGGGGGGGGACUCCCAUAUGAAACAGACGGGGAUGCUCGUCGGAAAUUUUGAAUUUAACCCUGAAAGGAGACCAUCUGUGCGUGGCUCAAGCAAAUUUUGACCCCUUAAAGAGACCGCUUAAAAACACACAAAUACGACAUGCAACGAGUAAGACAUAAUCAUCGAAUGCUUUUAUCUAAAAGUAGUUUUUAAAAGCAUUGUCAUAAAUCUCAAGCUCUUCGCAGAGCCCUAAACGAGACCUCGGCGGCUUAAAAUAUUGGCGCUUUGCCCGGAACACCCUAAGCGAGACCAAAAUCCAAAAUUUACACCCCUAAGCGAGACGACGAGCAUCCCCGUCUGUUUCAUAUGGGAGUUCCCCCCCCCCCCGGGAAGCUGGUGUCCGUACAGCAGGGGUUCACUGCACUGUUUAUGUGGCAUUUUUGUACUUUAUGAUUAUCAGUGACAAGAGUGCUUUGUUUAAACCAUAGAGGGGGGUACUCCGGAUUUCAAGUGAUGGGGGUCAUUGAAUAGAGGCAAAAAUCAAAAUGCAAAAAAAUUCCUCAGGGCUUCCAACAAAACCCAAACAAUAUCCAAAAAUUAACCCCCCAAAAAUCCCAUGCCAAAGUUCCCAUCCCUAGCAAGUUCGGUUGUACAUUUCUGCAGAACUAGAACACGGCGCAAUAUGUGAGCUAUACCAUGAAUCUUCAGAUUGUUUUGAAUACCCCCAAAAAACUUCCAUCAUCCUCAUCACUUGAAAUCCGAAGUAGCUUCCCCCCCACGCCUUGGGCAUUUAAAAAGCUAAUUUUGAGGGUCUAUUCCUCAAGCAAGGUUAUGUAUAAAAUCCUAAGACAAAUGCAUGUUAUGAUUUGGGAACAGGUUAAUUUUUGUUAAUGAAGGUUGGGGAGAUGGGGGGUGAGGUUAAGGGGUACUGGUACUGCAAAAGAGACAGUCUGCACAUUUUUCCAGAGGCUUGUACCUCUGAACAUGCUAUAGAUUAGCCUGCAUAGCAAGCAUUAAUUUGUUUUACCAGGGUGUUCAUUAGGCAUCGGAGAUUGGAGAAUUCUCUGUUUACAAUGAAAAAUUCUCCUGCUAACGUUCGGUAGCCUGUGACUAUUUUUAUUCAGAUGAGGAGUCUCUUUCAAAAUAUUUCUCUUGUAACAUUACCCCUUUCCCCACACUCCUGCUUCUAGAAUUCUUAAUGAAAACCCUGUUUUACACUGUAGACAUGCAAUACAUUGUUUUAUUUCUGCCCAUCAAUCCGGUGUUGUACGUGUCUCUUGUCAGAUCCAGUGGAAGAUGACAAAACAACAGCAUUUACCGACCUUCCCACUGAUCCUGUUAAACUACGUGAACUUAGAGAUCACAUUGGAAUGGAACUACUUUGGACAGAGCAAGCAAUACAAAGUAGAAAAAAGGUAAGAGCCAAGACUCCUUUAUUAUCCAAUACUACAUAUUUUCCUUACCAACCAUGCUUCUAGUACAAGCAUGUGGUAAUGGUGAGAUCAUGCAAAUGAGUCUCACUCAAAACACGGAGGGGUAAUAUUUAGAAUAAAAGUUUAGUGUACACUUUUAACAAGUGCACUCUCACGAGAAGGUCAUAAUAUUUCCUGACACGAACACUGAAACUCGAUCCUUGAUCAUCGUGACGCGAGACUCCAUCCUCAAAAGUUUUGAGAAUCGAGAAUCAACUCUUGAGAAUCGAGUCUCAAGGAUCGAGACACGGGUGACUGUCAACUCACUUUUAAGUGGUACUGUAUGUAUCUUUCAUUCUAACUUUCGAAUCUGUGGACAAAAUCCUAUCAUAAGAACCUUUUUGUAGUAAAAGAACAGGAAACAUUGAGGUAUCUCUAGUCUUCAAAUCGUACAGUGCAGUCAAUACAGUUCACAUAUAACACGGCGUCAAUUUCAAGUGAGCACCUUCCAGUGGUUGGUCGUUUGAUAUAGUUUGACUGCAUUGUGUGACCGGAAGAUGCCAUUAUCCUCCAUUCAUGUUAUCAUUCAAAUGAAACUUCAGUGGCAGAACUUUUGCAUCAUAAGAUUUAACAAAAAGAAAUAAGGAAUUUUUUGGCAAGAAGGGUGGUGGGGGGGUGAAUUUCCACUCUGGCCUCUGUUAAAAGUGAAAGAGAACUCUCCAUUUCUCUCCUGGUUUACACUUUGUGCCAGUACCAGUGGUGUUUGUUGAGAUCAUUACUAUGCAUGGCUGAUUAGUUGUUACGGUUGUUGUUUUCAGUACCUGAAUUUAAGAAAGGACCUAUCACAUCAAGAGUGUGGCUCUGAUUGA